UGCAGCAGCAGGCUACACCCAACCCCAGACAUUAAUAACACCACCCUGUGUCAGGGACACUCACCAUUCAAAUGUCAGUUCCAAAAGCAAGAACAUCACUGUUAUUUUGUAUCUGCAGAGGGCAUUCAAGUGGGCAAAGAAAAAAGCUUAUCUCACUUUAACUUUGAGCAGACUUUCCCAAAGGCUUUUAAAAGCAGAUAGUUUUUUUUCUAGUAAAUGUCAUCUGUUUUUGCCUCAGUUGCUGUUCUUCUUUUUCUGUGUAAUGGGACCCACUCUCAUGCCAGAGAGUUGUGUUGUUUGGCAGAGAGGAGGGAAUGACGUCGACAGGCGUGGUAAUAACAAUGAGAACACUAUUAAGUCCAGACUACACAGACUCUCUGGUAAAAUGUGGAUAAAAAGCUGCAGGGUGUGGCUAUAAAAUAUGAAAUACAUGAAACUGUCUGAAACCCUCACACCUGAGGUGGUAUAAUUGAAACUUUCACUUGAACUGAAGCAAAUUAAACCACAUACUAUGGUAGAGGAGUUUCCUGUGAGUCGGUGAGUGCGCACAGAGAAUCCGAGCAGUACAGUACAUAGGAAAUGACUCAUAGGAGUUGAACUGUUAGCGUGGGUGUGUGCGCUAUUAAAACAAGGCGCAGACUCCUCCGGGUGACUCACUCUGAUGCUCGCUUUUCCAUGCUGAAACCCAGCACGGAUUGUUAAUCAGAUGAACUUUCGGGAAUUGUGUAGCCGACAGCGAGCAGCAUUUUACCCGCAGACAUCAUGGCUUCAAACGCUCUCUGCGCGCUGUGCGGACUUAUUAUAGCGGCUGUGAUCAAUUUCUAUGGUGUGAACGCACAGAAAAGUCAGUGUGGCAGUUCAGAGUUUUGGAACUCAGACUUGGAUGUCUGUGUGCCGUGUGCAUCUUGCAAGCAGUACCCAAAGACCCCAUCAUGCAACACAUGUAAAUCUGUGGAGGAGCCAUCUGAUGUGUGGAAACUGGCAGCCAUCACCAGUUUCUCAGUGCUGGCUGUGGUGCUGGUCGGCGCUGCGCUGAUUAUAGGGGUCAUGGUACAUCGACGCAAGUCACACAAACGGCCUCUACGUGAACCCAUUGAAGAAACUGCAGGGCCACUUUAUCAAGCUUAAACAUUUCACCUCAUCUUCCUCUGGAAACAGAUGUGACAGAACCAAGGAGCAACUGGUUCGGAGCCGGACUGGAGGAACCUCUGGACCAUGAACUGUAUACUCUGACUGCAGGGUAUCUCUUGACCAGAAUUGGACCAUUUUAAUUUAUUAGACCGUUGGGUGAAGUGACGUGUUCAGUUCUCACGCUCAGUGUAGGUCCAACAGUGACCACAGGACUUAUAACGAGCAACUCACACCUCCUGUAGGAAUAGUAACAACAUUACAUUAGUGGUAUCAUUUUCAGAUUGUGUGUGCCUUUUUUAUAUUCUACUUAAAUGAGAUUUUGAUCUCGAAGACCUUUGUUGGUUUACAGAUGUUUGAUUCAGACGUAAGAUAAAACUACAGUCCUUUCUUCAGAGAGAUGGAUGCUUUCCAAACUCCGUAUUGCAUUGUGCUGUUUUCCAGCAGGACUCCGAUGAAUGUAACACAGCUACUGCUGCCUGCUGGGCUGCAGUUUGAUCUCCUGCUAUUCAGUGGGGUUAGACGGGGUCUAUAUGCUGAUUAUUUACCACAACAGCCUCUUAAAGAUAAAUCACAUGUGAGUAAGACAUACUGUUAGGCACAUUAAGGCCAUUUGAAUGUAGCUACUUUUACAGUAGGUGAAAUGUAUUCUAGCCUUUGGCCCUGCCAGUACCUGUGUGUACCUGUUCUUUUAGUACCCUAAUACAGUGAUAAAAGCUGUUGAUUAAGGGAGCAAACUGUACUCAUCCACUGUUACUGGGUCUCCUGAGACCAACACAGACCCUGUAUUGCAGGUCAUUACAAUAAUGUCUUGUCUAUUUUAAUGUUACUAGGUUUUAAGAGAUGUUAGCUGGAUUUUUCUCUAUUUCAACUCCAGAAUUCACACGUUACUGUCCCAUCUUUUGUAGGACAGGAUGUUUGAAACACUAGACAUACAAUCCUAAACUGCUAACAUGUGGGAAUGUUGCGAGGAAUGUACUGUAGUUAAGAAAAUUACACCUACAGUGUUUUAGGUGGAGCUACACAAUCACUAUGCUUACUGACUCUUGACCUUUCGAGUCAGGUUUCAGAUUUGCAACAAGGCAAAAAGAUGUAUGUCUAGAUGUCUGUUUGUAAUUUUGUAGCCAUUGAAACCAGCGAGAACCACCUGCAAGUGGGCAGGGUUGUUGUUUUCCACUUCUUUUAUAACUCAAGAUGUUUUUUUUUAUCUUCAAAACAUCAUGCAGAAUGUGGUUACUGAGAUAUUUAAUGUGACUGACAAUGUUUCAGGUCAUAUUUUCGAUCUGUCUGCUUGUGGGUAAACUGCUUGCCCUCUGGCAGCAAAAUCACUUAAAAUACAGAUACUUCCGCUAUUCUUUUUAGAUUUUUAUAUUAUUUAUUUGAAAGUAUCUUGCAGUGUUGUUUUGCAUCAACUGCAAGUGACAAGCACAGUUUUAAAGGGACUCCAGUGAAGAUUUGUGUUAAACUUCCACCAGGCCAGCCAACAAUGUUACUGAGCAAUAACUAACAAUUUCUGCUUAUUUCUCUUGCUUUGUAUUUCUAAUUGUAAAUACUUUACAUUCACUGGCUUCUUUUACUUAAUGCAAUCUUAUAAACUGCUUUGUGUACCAAAUGUAUUUUCACAAUAAAACCGACAACUUCUAAUGAUAA